AUGGAUCCUAUCAGCGCAGUGGGCAUCGCCGCUGCAUCCUUACAGUUCGCUGGGGUGGCUGCCAAGGGCAUCCUGGGCGCAAUCGGAUUCUUGAAGAGCCUGAAAGAAGCCCCAGUCCGACUAACAGAACUUCUCUGCGACACAGAAAAAUCAGUCGCGCGGAUUAUCCACCUGCAGCAGACCUUACAGGACCCCAAGUCUGCACUGGUUCAACGACUUUCCCACAGCCAACACGCGGCUCUUGCCACCAUCGUAAAUGAUGCAUGCCAGACGACAAUCAGCUUGCAAGAAAUGCUGGGGCCACUUUUUCGGACUCAGAAUGCACAAUCGCAAAAUGUUACUAAGUUGUGGAGGAGCGUGGUUUCGGUGAAAAUGGGACGUGACAUAGAAAACAAGAUUGAAAAGAUCCAGCGACUCAACAAUCAGAUCAUGAGAGAGCUUCAGCUCAGCGGUCUUGAUAUCCAGAUUCAACUCUCGGAUACUUCGGAGAAAGCUCUGGCAGCAGUGGAACAGUCCCGUUCAGAAACAGAAACCCGGUUUGACAGCUUGGAAACACUCACAGAGGGCGUCCAUAGCGAACUUAGAGAAGCAAAAUCUCAUGCUGCUCAGGCGCAAAUUUGCAGCACCGCAAAUGCGGCACAGCUUGAUAGGAUCGGAUCUAGGAUUGAGGAAAUAGGGCCUAAGAUGGAUGAAUUAGGGGCAUCUUCACACGAGGUGCAUAUGAAGGUGGAUGGACUUGGCGAGAGGGUUAUAUCAACGCAAAGUAAAAUAGCCUCCCAACUGGAACUAACGGUCAGACAAGAAUCUAGCGCCACAAAGGAGGAACUCCUAGAAUUGCGAAACGCCGUCAUGCCAGUCAUCAUGGGAAUCCAGACUAAGUUAUCAAGUCUUGACAGGGCGGCUGCCUCCAGGCUUUCGGACGGAGAUAAAGCAGACCUAGUGACGCAGCUUCGACGGGAGCUUAUGUCUCAUCCGGGCACUCUCCGAGAUGCCUGCGAUUAUUUGACGCUUUGGGAUAAUUUGUCGCCAGCCCUUGCACCAAAACCAUCACAGCAAUGCCGUUGCCAUUCUCAAUGGAAACAGAAGUCUGUGGCACGUGGUCCCUUCUACUUCCGCUUUAAAACAGGAGGAAGCCAUGAGCCGACAUGCCCGCAAAAAUGCCCCUCCGCACUUUCAUGGAAAUACCAGCUAGGCAUCCAGCUACUUCCUUUCCUGAACAAGACCGUGGAGCUGACAUUUGGAGCAACAUUUUGCGGCGGGGGUUUCCAGGUCGAGUCGCCGCUGACGGUGUUUGCAACGGUGAAAAGAUCGGAGUCACGCAUCUUCCAGCUCUUUGAACAGUUUCCAGACCGGUGCGGGGCACGGAAAAGACGUGUGAAUCAGCCAGCCGCUUGGUGGAGGCUGCAGAAAGGUGACCGCGAGCAAGACUAUGAAAUGUUCUUUGGCUAUACGUGGGACGUCGAAGUCGCAAAACACCAACUACAGCAGGUCCACGGCUCCCUGCUCGAGGCAAGUGAGAAUGGUAUCGGCUCUAUCAGCGAUAAGGAUGAAUAUGGACACACUAUCCUGCACGAAAUUAUUACAUUAAUUGGAUUACUUGCUCCAGUUUAUGCAAAUUUGGUCAAUGAAAUUGAUACGCUGCUAGUACUAGCUGACAGAUACGGGGUUGAUCAAGAUGCCGUCGCGAACAGUAAAGUAGGAUCCCGACGAUAUUCCACUUUUGAGAUGAUAGGCUGGAGUGGAUUCAAGCCCAACGAUUUGAAGAACUGGACGGUCGCAGAUGCUGCUCGAAACUGCGUGAAGAUGUUCAAUUCGGAGCUUCGAGAAUUCUCAUUUCUCAGCCGUCUCUCUAGUUUCCGCAUCGAUUUCCAGAGAUGCAUCCAUCAAUCCGGCGGUGAUGAUGGUGAUGAUACGGAAUUUCUGUUAGCUAGAUUGGUAAAGGAGCAAGGUUUGAAGAUUAGCAUCAGGUCUUCGAUACUGAGAACGGUUCAGCGAGAGCCGUGGUUAUCUAACUACUUUUUCGAGGGCGAUCUUGCACGUGCCAUCUUGAACAGGAAUAUCGACCGCUUGGGGCAAGCCCUCCCCAUUAUCGACUUGGAAGCAGGUUUCGGUUCCAGUUGCAUGCCUCUCAACGCCCUUGAUCUUGCAGUUGGUUGGCCUGAUGGCCUACGACUCCUCUCUACAGUGUGGACGGACGGCAUUUCUGGCACAAUUGAGUUAGCUGCUUACGAGAACGACUACAACUCCGUGACCGUUCUACGCGAAUUUCCGCUUCCCCUAUUCAAGGAUAUCACGGAGUCGAUGAGCUAUAUGAGAGCUUUGCUCUAUCACUUUGGUCAAUUAUUUCUCGUCCACCCUCUAAAGCGGAGACGAGAUAGCCUAGCUGAACUUGCCCGUGAAUACCUGUCGCCAGGCGAUCAGGCCCUCUUGGGUCUUACUGAACGGAAGACUCUGGACGCGCAGGCCAACACAGUCUACCAGCUCCUCAAGAAAAGAUCCGUUCCAGUUCCUGCUGGCUUGAAUCCAGGCCCGGCUAUUUCAGUAUAUAGCCUCGCUGUCAACACGUAUAAACAGCAUUCCGAAGCCUUCUAUUUCUCAAGAAUAGUAGAAACCCUGUAUGCGCUUUAUGCUGCGGGAUUUUGCGACAUAGACGAAAGAGAUGACAAUACUUCCUACACCCCACUAGAAUCAAUUCUAAAUUCCAAUGUUAGCAGUGAUGAGAUCUGGGUAGAGAUCAGUCUCUGGUUUCUGAGGAUGGGCGCUUCUCCAACAUUCCGCGGCCCAAACACGGUCAACAAUAUAUUAUUUGGUGUUGCCAAGUCUCUCGCUUCUUACACCGAGAAGCGUUACAUUGAGAACUUUACUUCGGGUCGAAUGACGGCGUUAGUUGAGUACGCGGCUGGUUUGUACUCACCAGUAGAGACAGAUCAAUGCACCUGCUUCUGUUCGUCGGGGGGAUGCUUGCCACUACACUAUCUUCUUCGCGACGCGGGAUGGUGGACUGAUUGCAGCUGUCACGACCACAGGGGCUACCGAGUCGUUUCCUGGAUGGUCUCCUGCGGCAUUAAGGUUACAGGCGGUGGUGAUGAAGAAGUCGAAGAGCUCUAUCUCGAGGAAGCGACGCGGCUGGAACUCUUCAACCGUCUCGGCAUGAUCCACACGUGCUGUUCUUCUGGGAAGCCGGUGAGGAGCCACGCCGAAAUAAGACGACUUCAAGAAGAUGACGAUUCAGAGCUGAAAACCCAACUCGAUCUAUUCAUGACGUCAUAUCGGAACUCGCGCCGAACAUGGCCAGUGCUUGAAGAGGGUUUUGUAUUUGUCACGCCCUUGCAGUGCGGAUGCUGGGAUGAGACGAAUCGCUGGAAGAAGUAUGCAAAAGGGGGUCUUGUGGCUCAUUGGGACUGGUGGUGGACUAAAGUAAACCGGAUCUUGCUCGACACUCUCGCGCAUAGGCGAAUAAGGGUGGUUAAAGAUUAUUCUCGCAUCCAGGCCGAUUUGCUAAAACAAUUGGGCUAUGAUGGCCUGGAAUUCACUGAGGUUAUCCGGCGGCAUUUCGCGGGCUACAUCGACUUAGAUCAACCGGCCCUCGACGGCGAGGAGACAGAAAUGGACUCGGCGGGUCGCGAGGAGGAAGCUGUGUCAAUUGAGGGCGGUCUAGCUAAACCAGACGCAGGUGCUGGUCAGAACGAGGGGAGAAUCUUCGUCCCUAGGAAGAGGACGGAAUUAUUGGAAGCUGUGCUCAGGUUCUAUGAAGAGGAGGAUUUCUUCCAGGAUGAGAGUUACGAAGAGCCGGCUGCCGAAGAGUGCUCAGAAGAAAAGACCGCAGAAAUCUGAGUACAUUUGUGACAGGGUCUAUUGGUUGGGCAAACCAUUGUAUAAUAGCCAUUAGAUAACGUCCCCCGGUCGAGUCUUAUCUGUGGAGGAAUUCUACGCAAAGUUUCUAGAAGCGGUUAGGGGAAUAAAUUUAGCAUCUUGAAUUGUCUUCGGAAGAGUAUUGGCGGGCAAUCUUUUU